AUGCGUCCCCCAUCGUCAAUAUCUUCUCUGUCGGGAAGAAAUACUCCUAUGUCACUUAAUGGAAGGUCAAGUUCGUCGGAUUUGAAGAGACCUGCGUCCGCCAGAGGGUAUAGGCCACACUCUCCACGUGCUACACCAACGAUUCCACGAUCUCGUCCUGGUUCUUCAUUGGGAAGCAGACCAUCAACGCCAUCUUUCCGUGCUGAGCCAUACAGUGGAAGUAUCACGGUGAGUAUACGACCAAAUCCUUUUACAGACACUGCCAACAUGAAAAACUGGCACAUCGAGGAACACUCCAAUACCAUCGUUAAUUUAGCAGAUAGCUCGUCAUUCAGUUUUGAUAACGUGUUUCCAGCAGCUACUUCGGUAUCAAACCGAGAGGUUUAUGACCGUUCGUGCUCACAUAUAGUGAAGAGUUUUUUGCAUGAGGGCUACAACAGCACGUUGUUUGCGUACGGAAUGACUGGUUCAGGAAAGACGUACUCCAUGCGAGGAGAAGACCACGACCCUGGGUUUGUGCGAUUAGCCAUCGAUGAGAUCUUCCAGAAAAUCGAUCUGGACUCGUCGAAAAAAUAUGAGUUGAAUGCCUCAUAUUUGGAAAUUUACAACGAAAAGAUUAUUGAUCUUUUGCUGACUGGUUCGACCAGCACAGAUUUGAAGAUCAGAGACGACCCGGAGUUCGGUACGAAAAUUGUCGGCGUCUCCUCACCUGCUGUUCUGUCCAAGGAGCACUUGCUCCAACUUAUACGUACUGGUGACGCAAAAAGAAAGACGAGUGCUACUGAUUACAACGCCCGUUCUUCGCGUUCUCAUUCCAUUUUGCAGAUUCGUUUACAUACUCUUGACCCCAUGAGCAAUACGGAGCUUCGCUGCACUCUCUCCUUGUGUGAUCUUGCAGGUUCUGAGAGAGCCACAUCUAGUGCGGAGAGAAGAAAGGAGGGUGCAUUUAUUAACAAAUCCCUCUUGGCUCUUUCAACUGUCAUUAACAAACUUUCAUUAGUGUCCACAGCAACUUAUAACACCGGUAUUGAGCAUAUUCCAUACAGAGACUCCAAACUCACGAGAUUGCUACAACCAGCUCUUUCGGGAUCUUCCUUGAUCCUGAUCCUUUGCACUGUUCAUCUUGGGUCCAGCCAACUAACAGUGAACCAGCAAUUUGUUUCUGAGACGUAUAACACCUUGAGGUUUGCUGCCAGAGCCAAAGACAUUGUGAUGACUGUUAAUACAAACAAAAAGCAAACUCUUGGAGAUGGAGAAGCGCAGAAAAUUAUACAAGAGUUGAAAAAGACUGUUGAAAGUCAAAAGAAUGAGAUCCAGUUACUCAAAUUACAAGCAAACACAAGAACGCUUAGUGGCGGGCUGCUUCAAACAGACAAUACCCGUCGUAUUGCGGAACUUGAACUUGAAGCAGAAACUCGAGUCUUACAAGAAAAAGUGGAGCAUUUAACUAGGCUCACUGACUUGCAGAAGACUGAGACUGUGUUAUUACGAAAUGACGCUCUUAAUGAUAUACUUGGGAUUGAUGUGGAUAAAGCGUCUCUGCAAAUGAUGAUGUCCAAUUUGGAGGAAUUUUACAAACGUGUGAACUACGAGAUGGACGAGUAUAAAUCGUAUGUGGUACGUUUGGAGGACCAACUUCGCCUUGCUAACCAGAAACUUUCUCUUCAAGGACCGAUAACGUCACGUUCAUCAGCAAAGCUGUUCUCUGAAAAGCACUACGAGGAGAUGUUGAAAGAUCAGGAAGAGGAAAUUUGGCAAUUAAAGGAAACAAUUAAAGACAAGGACCACAUCAUUCAUGGGCUCACCAAGACUUCUAAAUUGAGAAGACUCGUUGAUUCAAAUACGCUGGGAACCAUUUCGGAUUCAGGCAAGCGUCCCAGCAUCACGUCUUUGAAUGUCUCGCUGCUGCUUGGCUCAGAUAAAGAGAACGUGUUCCAGGAAAUUCGGGAAUUUAACUUAAGUCCUAAAAGAAACAGCCGCUGGGGAUGA